GCGUAUGACAGGAAGAUGGGGAUAUGGCGAGGAGAGGGGAAUAUGGAGAGGAGGAGGAGGAUGUGGACGAGGAGGACGACGAGGAUAGGGAGGACGACGAGGAGGAGUAGUCGAGAUGGGGAGGAGAAGAGAUGGAAGGAGGGAAAAUAGGAAGGGCAGGAGGAGGAUGAGUGGGAGGAGGAGGAGACAUGGACGGCGAGGAAGGGGAGGACACGAGGAAGGGAAGGAGACGAGGAGGCAUGGAAGAUGAGGAAGUACGAGGAGGAGGAGGAGACAAGGAGGAUGAGAUAGGGCAGGAUGAUGAUGAUGAUGAUGAUGAUGAUGAUGAUGAUGAGGAGGAGGAGGAGGAGGAGGAGACGAAAUGGAGAAGGGAGGAGGAGACAUGGAGGAUGAGGAAGGGGAGGAGCAAGGUUGGUGUGGCGACAAUCGUAUUUGACGCUGCCAUCAUCAGCUAUUAUGUGAACUAUGCUGAGGAUCCAAAUGUGCUUGCGAGAAGCCAGCCUGCUCUGUUUUCAAUUAUCCGAGAUCGGCACCAGCAAUACACUCAUCCAGGUCUAGCAUCUCAAGCGUCGUCUGCGUGAGCGUGCAACACUUGGGUUCAUGGUUUCUCGAGCUUUGCUGUUAUGAAUAGUUCCGAGGAAAUUGGCUUUGUUCAUUUGGAUUCAGGUCACGGUUAGAAUUGCUAGGUUGGGAAAUCGGAGGCCAAUGAAGGCUUGAAAGCGCUCGUCGUGGGUGUUUUUGCGUAAGGAGUCGGCAUUGUUUGCGGGUAGGUUGUCAUACUGGUUUCCAGCCCCUGAAAGAAUUAUCUUGUGUUGUUGGACAGUCAGCACUCCAUUCCUUCUUCUGAAUUUUUCUCAAAUCAUUUGACAAGUCACAGAAGUGGCAUGUCGAUGCAUCCAUGCACCGUCAAUGUGUGUAUAUCAGGAGGCCGUUCCGAUGCACAUUGUUCGAAAGGCUGGGGUUGGGGGGGGUCGCUUUUUGGGCUUUACCUGGGCGUACGUACCCUUCUUGCAAGCGUUCUUGUGCUUCUGUAGAAGUCGUCCGCCAACGAGUGUAUAUCAGGAGGCCGUUCCGGUGCACAUUAUUAGAAAGGCUGUAUCCCUUUGGCAAGUUUUGUUGUGCUUUUUUCUGUAGAAUUUGUCCGCCAAUGUGUGUAUAUCAGGAGGCUGUUCCUGUGCACAUGAUUGGAAAGGCUGUGUUUGGGAGAGGUUGGGUUGGGGCUGUUUUGGGCCUUACUUGGGCAUACAUGUGCUUCUGCCGAAUGCCGAAGUUGUCCGCCAAUGAGUGUAUAUGAGGAGGCCGUUUCGCUGCUGUUUUCUUUGGCGGGGUUGCGUUUUUGUGUUUGACCCCCGCGGGCAUACAUACCCCUUUUGCAAGCCUUCUUGUGUUAUUUUUUGUAGUAGUUAUGUUUUUUUUUUUUUCUGUAGUCGUUGUCCGUUUACUCGACUCCCCUUGUCAUAAAAUUUCUAAUUAUGGAAGACUUUGUCCUUGGUUUCUCUUUUAUCUGCCUUCCUGUUCAUUGCUGUGGCCUGAUCAGAUCAGUCCACGCCAUGACGAUCCGGUUUGAGUUGUUGCUUGCAGAACCACCGCUCGUCCUGGUCCUGCUGAUUUAACGGCAUGUCGUUGACUUGAUCUCAACCUCUUGGUUGUACCAAAAACACACAUGCACGCACGCACGCACGCACGCUCCGCGCACUCAGAACACUCGUUAAGAAAGAGCGCAGUGCGCAACGCACGCUCGACACCCUCGUUAAGAAAGAAGGAACACAGCGUGCGACUCACACUCGGCACUCUCGUUAAGAAAGAACACAGCGCGCAACGCAAAGAUGCUGGGUUGUAACUUUGCGCGGAGUGUCGGUGACAUGGAUUUUUUUUGUCUGUAGGCCUCCCGUGUGUCGGUGAGGGGCUGGACGUCAGUUUUGCGCUCUGUUACUUCCUCUUCCGUCACUCUACACGCACCUGUUAGCUAUUCUCACGGCUUCUACAGCCGGACAAGGGUGACUGCAUUCCUUGUUAAGCUUCAGAGAUGCUCUUUUCUC